AGAAGCGGCCAAGAGACCAGACAAUGCCAGAGAGGAGCAGAUACAUGGAGAGGGAUGAGUAUGACAAGAGGCACAACAGCAGGGAGCGGGACCACUCUCACGACAGAGGAAGCUCCUCACAUGAAGAGAAAGACUGGGAAAGGCAAAGAGAGAGAGACCGGAGGAAGAGAGACAAAAUGAAUGAGAGAUACAGGGAUGAGAAGGGCUCUGGCGAUGACAGGAGGGACAGAGAGAAGGACUACUCUGACAGACAGCGGGAUAUGACACCCCAUUCGCACAAGGAACCACCACCUGACCACAGAGGCGGUAGUCAACAAGGACAACAGAGAGUGUAAGAGACCAUCUGACUGCCACAGAGUUGCUUCCACAGUGACCAUCCUGGGCAUGGGCAAUUCCAUGGUAACAGAAUGAUGCUGAGACUCAGAUUUUUCACUUUCAAUUAUGUAAAACAAAAACCAAUGAUUGCAAAAUCAUAACAAACCAUACUGUACAACUCUAUGCACAAGGACUACCUAAUUUCCACUUUUUUUUUUUACAAAAACAUUUACUUCAAGAACAGUGCAGACGCAAAGUUUGGUAACAGAAUGAUGGUUUGGCUGACAACAUCACGAAAAUGAUACACACGCAUCGAUGUAGCUGCGCGUUAUGAUUCUGUAUGGUCAGAUAGCUAGCAACAAUGACAAGAAGCUGCUUUGUGGGGAAUCGUAGGUGGCUCGUUUCAGCUCGUUGUAUCUUGUUAUUGAUAGCAUGUCUUGUUUUGAGGUGUUUUGACUGAUUUCAUGUCGAUGCUAAUAUGGCAAACAUUUGCUAGCUAGCUAACCAACAAAUGACAAGUGCUCAUUGUGAAAAUGUUUUCAAUAAACAUUUGGAGAAAAAUAUAGUUAACAACAAUCUAAGCCAACCCUGUCUGUUUUGCCCCAUAGUUGAGCACAUGUUGGUUUUGUUGAUAAACAACCAACCCCUCUAUGGGCAGAGAGGUUUGGAACUCUUUCUUAUUGGUCUAUUAACUAAUUUACCGCCUGGUGAUGUCACAAAAACUCAGUCCCACCAAAACUGGCUGAAAUUGACAUUAGAAGGGCAUUAUCAUCAUUUUCACAGUAUUAUUCCAACCUCAGUGUGGAAAUAUACACUGAGUGUACAAAACAAUAGGAACACCUUCUUAAUAUUGAGUUGCACCCCCUUUUGCCCUCAGAACAGCCUCAAUUCGUCAGGGCAUGGAUUCUAGAAGGUGUCUAAAGCGUUCCACAGGGAGGCUGGCCUAUGUUGACUCCAAUGCUUCCCACAGUUGUCAAAUUGGCUGGAUAUCCUUUGGGUGGUUGAUAGAUUAAUUUGUGUAUUAAAAAUAAUGACUAAAGGAUUUCACCCCAAAUACAGUAGAAAUGUGUAUACGAUAUUCGAAUUAUCAUGUAGUGUCAACCCACUAACAGAGGGGGUACUAAACAUUCAAGGGUAAAGGAGAAGGCGGGAACUGUUUAAAAAAGCCACCUAAAGGUGGGAGGAGCAUAGUGCCUUUGUUUGUCAAGAGGUAUAAAAACAGUAUGUAUGUGUUUUUAGCGCCAGAGCUCUCUCCAUGAAUAAAUAUACAGAUAAUACUUGUUGGUUGUGGACCUUGAAUCAUUGAUGAUUAAAACCAGAGCCUUACAACCUCUGGUAAUGAUUCAAGCUUAGGUUGAAUUAGAGAUAGAAAUUCACAUGACAGUGGUAGAUCAUUUUUGAUACACAUGGGAAACUGUUCAGCAUGAGAAACCCAGCAGCGUUGCAGUUCUUGACACACUCAAACCGGCGUGCCUGGCACCUACUACCAUACCCCAUUCAAAGUCACUUAAAUCUGUUGUCUUGCCCAUUCACCCUCUGAAUGGCACACAUGCACAAUCCAUGUCUCAAUUGUCUCAAGGCUUAAAAAUCCUUAAUCUACACUGAUUGAAGUAGAUUUAACAAGUGACACGAAUAAGGGAUCAUAGCUUUUACCUGGUCAGUCUGUCAUGGAAAGAGCAGGUGUUCCUAAUGUUUUGUACAAUCAGUGUAUAUAAAACACAGGAAAAGUAAUCAUUGUGCAUAUAGUUGGAUGGUUUAUUUAACUUUCCAAUCAUUGGUUUUUGUUUGGCAUACAUUUUAUAGUGAGAAAUCAGAGUCUGCAUCAUUCUGUUACCAUGGAAUUGCCCGCGUAUACCGUACAGUCUGAGAAGGCUCCGGUUUCACUGGUUUGGGAUUGACUCCUUGUAAUGAAGUAACUGUCUGCCAGUGUUUGAAUGGCACAUUGACUCUUGGGGUGCCCAAAGUAAAUAUACACCCCUGGAAUAUGAAACCUGCUCUCUGCCAUGUAGGAGGCUUGUGGUGUGGUGGGUUUAUGUGGUGUAGUUUCAACGUAAGAUUUGGCAGGCAUCAACUUCUGAUUUUGUCUUUGCAGGUAUACAGAAGCCUCCACGCCUCCUUCCAUGGGGGAAUACUAUGAGCCACAACACAGACAGGCUCUGUACAACCUCAGAUAUGCCUUAACAGCCAGAGGCAAGUCAUGUUUAUAUUAAAGAACAAACACCAACACAACUGAAAUGUUGUAGGAUUGUGUGUGGGUGAAUCUCGCUGGUAAGGUGUAGUAGGCGUUGUUCUGUCUGUUUGAUUGGUCCACAAGGAACCAAACGGGGAGGGACGUACCUGAAUUUGUCCAAUAGAAACUCUCGUUUUUGCUGGAGUAAACGGUUUCCGUUGCAAAACGUUUUGGACUAAUGAUUACACCCCUGUUGUAGGAAUGAGCUGACCAACCACAUGACCAGGCCUCUGUGGGUACAGGGUCUUUAUAAUGAGGGGAUUGGAGUUUUGUAUUAUAGUAUGCGUAUUACUCAACGUUUAAGAAUUAUUGGGUUUUGUAUGUGGUUUCUUUCUCCAAAUUGGAUGAUUAUCCAUGAUAUGCAGUACGUAUGUUUAAUUCACACUAUAUGGCAUACUGUAUGUUCUAUCUCCCUCUGUUGAGGUGGAAUUCCCACCAAAAUUAACCAUCACUCCAUGAGGCAGUGUUGGUCGUACUCAGAUCAACCUCAAUUUAGCUGCAUUGUUGCAUCAUCCUCCCUCUCUUGUGAAAUGUAUAACAUGACCUUCAACUCAGCUCGCCAUCUCCCGAGACUCUUACUGUAUGAUAAGUAAUGUCUUUCGCCCUUUCUUAAUCUGUUCUGUUCAGGUCUGUGCCAGAUAAUGGAGGUCUUUGUAAACCUGCUGAUAGUCAUCUGCUCAGGAGUGACCUACAGUAACUCAGGGGGUUACCGGGACCUGGCCAGCCUCGGGGGUAUCUACCAGUACUACUUUGGAGGAGCACAGGCUUUCACUGGAGCCGAUGUAGACAGGGUCAAGGAGCUGGACAAGCUGUUCCACCAGCUCAAGCUGCCUCCAUACAUCUUCAGCAUGGCCUGUGGAGGGGCUCUGAUGGUCUAUGCCUGCAUUAUUCUGGCUUUGGGGAUCCUGAGAGUCCCUUACCGCUGGCCCCAUGUGCUGCUGGGUGAGGCCCUGGUGAACCUCCUGAUCGGCCUAGGCUACAUCCCUGCCCUGGCCUUCUACUUCAUCAAGCUGCAGGAGACCUACGACAACCCCAUCUGCACAGAGAGGGAAGCACUCUACAAGAGCAAAGGGCAUCAGGGCUUUGCAUGUGCACUCAAUGGAGCAGACAUCGCUGGAGGCCUCUUCGGGGUGCUUGGAGUCAUCGUUUUCAUCUUCGGAAUGGUCUUGGCCAUCCGUGCUUUCAGGGCAGUGCGGGAGAUGAAGAGACCGAGAGCGAUGGAAGAUGGUAACUUA